ACGACAGGCUGGCCGCCGCUGGCAGCGACUCGUCUCGCAGCGCGAUCUUGCAAUGCAACGCGCGACGCGACCUGACGCGACGCUUAUGAUGCGUUACGACUCGCUGCACCCACCAUAAUGCCGAAAGGUCGCCUCGGUAACCUGAAGAACCUCGGUCCUCGGAGACCAUGCCCACAAUGGCUUCAAGUUGAAUGCGAGCGGGUAGCAGAGUUUAAUGAGAAUGAGGAUUGUCCGAUGAUGCUGAGGCCUCAGGCCUCGGGUGGUAGCCAGCGGCCACGGUUCGAGCCACGAAUGUCCCGCCGGUUAUGCAUACGGCUCGCCCGCACCCGUUUCUUUGCCCGCGCCCCGCGCCCAUUUGCUUGCCCGCGCCCAUUGAUCACUUGUCCACGCCCUGUCACUGCUUGCAGUCUGCUUGCUCCUGUUCACUUGCCUGCACCUAUCCACUCGCUCGCACCCAUUCUCUUGCUUGCGCCUAUUCUGUUGCCUUCACCAGUUCUCUUGCCCGUGCCCGUUCUCUCACCCUUGCCCUCCGACUGUGAUGGGCCGCCUGACACAGCGAGUCCGGCGAGUCAUUCCGAGUCUGGACACUGUGCUACGACACUCAGGCUUCGAUAUAAUACUAUAUAUACCACCAAUCUUCAUCGAGAGAAAGCUAUUCUACUGUACAUGUUCUUGUAUCAACACCGUUGUAGACCUUACUGGUAUGCAGGUAUCUGUACACCUAGCCCAUAAUGCACAGUCGAUCCUCGACCGAACUUGAAUCUGGCCACCCCGGGCACCCGGAUAACCCCCUGUGGCGGAGGUUAUCCGUACCUGUAACGCUCCUGUCACAGGCUGUCACAUUGGAUGCCUUUGCGUGAGCCCUAU